CCGGAGGCGCGGCACUGAAGUAGGAGAGCAUCGUGGGGAGCAGAGAUCUCCGGCCCGGGCCGUCGCACUGAAAGGCUAAGUGGCGACGAGGAGGGUUGGCUCACCUGAGAGACAGGCACCGGGGCUGGAGGAUUUUUUUCUUAAAUGUAAAUCUUCAUGGAUCAAGGUAAAACUUUCCUGUGAUUUGCUGAGCUUAGAAGGCUGCAUUCAACAGACAAUUCCCUAUCCCAGCUAUCUUCUGAGCAGCCUACUGAAGAAAGAUGAACAUGCUGAAUAAUCACUACUUUUUGAACUUCUUGCCUACCACACUUUUUGCCUACCUUUUCAUCUUGUUAGCAGCUUUGACAGCUGCUGAGGAUGUGACUAGUAGCAUUUUAAAUCACACUGACAUGAACUUGGGAUCUGUACCUGUGAUUAUCUCCAUAAUUGAUCAUAUUACAGUCAAGGAAGGGAAGAGUGCCCUGAUUGACUGCAAUGUCCAAGGAAAUCCUGCUCCACGUUACAAAUGGUACAAUUCCAAUGGUUGUUUGCUGAAGGAAGAAGAUAACAGUGGAAAAUGGUGGUUUCUUGACAAUGGGCUACUGAACAUUACCAGCGUGUCUUUUGACGACAGAGGUAAAUACACAUGUGUUGCUUCUAACAUCUAUGGCACUGUGAAUAAUACUGUGACUCUGAGGGUCGUCUUUACCUCCGGAGAUAUGGGGAUCUAUUACAUGAUUGUCUGCCUCGUAGCUUUUACCAUUGUUAUGAUCUUGAACAUUACCAGGCUGUGUAUGAUGAGCAGCCAUCUGAAGAAAACUGAGAAAGCAAUCAAUGAGUUUUUCAGAACAGAAGGAGCAGAGAAACUACAAAAAGCCUUUGAGAUUGCUAAGCGUAUCCCAAUCAUCACCUCAGCCAAAACUCUUGAGCUUGCCAAAGUAACCCAGUUCAAGACCAUGGAAUUUGCUCGCUACAUUGAGGAACUUGCCCGAAGUGUUCCUCUGCCACCUCUCAUCAUGAACUGCAGGACUAUAAUGGAAGAAAUCAUGGAGGUGGUUGGCUUGGAAGAACAGGGACAGAACUUUGUACAGCAAGCAGCAGAAGGCCAGGAGCCUACUGAUGGAGAGGAUAUGUUUAUGAUCCCUAAUGCACUAAAGCGCAGCGACUCUCUCACAGCUGACUCAGAAGCAUCAUCACUGCAUGAACAACCACAGCAGAUUGCGAUAAAAGUGUCAGUUCAUCAGCUGUCAAAAAAGGACUGUAUAGAUGACCAGUCACAAGACUGUGUGCAGUUAGAAAUUAAGGAAGAAGAGAUUCCUCAAACACCAGCAUGUCCUACUGACCCAAUUCCUGAGCCUUCUACUGAACUAAACUCCAAUGAUAUAGCAUUGGCAACUGACAAAAAUACAUGUUUUAUUUAUGAAAGCCAUGUAUGAUAAUUAUUCUGUUAAUCUAUGCAUAGCAAGAAAAAUCAGGUGGAGCUCCUUUAAAAAUAGAUAUUGUACUUGCCGCUAAGCCUUACCUGGAGACUAUCAUAGAAAAAGCAUGCAUGUGGAUUAUUUGAUAUUUUCUUCUGAGUGAGUUAAUUUUACUAUGAUGUAUGACAGAGUAAUUACUAUUAUAUUAAUACUAAUUGCUCUUUUUGGUUUAGGAUUUUUUUUCAGAAACAUUUACCUCAGCAAUUUCUAGGUUGUCAUCAUCUUCAGUGACCUCCUGGAAGUCAUUUGUAGUGCUAAAGACACUUAGACUUACUAAACAUAAAGCUGUUCUUCAUUUUUCUCCUUCUGUUUCCUCCCUUCCAUCUGCUGCAUUUUUGUGAAACUGUUCCCAAGAAUUUGAAACAUUGCCCAGGAGGCAGGAUUUCAGUAGCCAAAUAAAAUCCUAGUUAGAUCCCAUUUACCAAGCAUCUUUGCCAAGCUGCAUUGUGAAUUAAAGAAGGUUAAAUGUGUCUUUCAUUUGAGACCAUUUUAUUUAUGUUUAGACAGUGAGGAAAUAGGUUUCCCUACCCCUUAGACUGAAGAAGCCAAUAAGCGUUCAUUCACACAGAUGAUAUACAGUGUAUUUGUUUCUACAGAAGAUAAAGCACUUUAUUUCUGCCAGAAGGCUAUACUACAAAUACUGAGUUUUUUUCAUAUAUUUAAACAUCUGUUGAUUUUACCAGAAGUUUAUAUUGAGAAGGACUGUGGGUGUCCGAAAUGUAUUGUCUUGUUUUUCUUAUAUGGUAGAAGUAAAUGGAACUAGGUGAUUUUAUAUAACCUGUCAGGAGUAUAGAUUCAGUAAAAGUAUUGUACACUCCAGUAUUUUUUUUGGAGGUGAGGCUAAAGUAGUAAAAGAUCCUUGUUUAUCAGGAUUUCCUUUUUAGCAAUGUAGUUUCCUGAUGAACACACACAAGUGCAUCCAUAAUCAUAAUCUUUUUAAUCUGGCUAUGAGUCAAAAAAUUAGUCGAAUACUUGCUAUUAGGUCAUAAUGGUUGCCUCAGUGCAUAAAAAUGGACAGUGAUCACAAAUUAUAUUACGAUAGUACAGUUGAUUUCCUAUUUUAAAAAUCCUCAUCAAAUUGAGAUCUCCUGGAGCCAGGGGGUUAACUGAUGUAAGCAAAUAUGACUCCAUCUUUAUAUAGCUUUCAUAAUCAUGGCAAGUGGGGCAUAUGUCUGUCAUUGGAGAUUUUUAGAGCAGGUUAGCCCAACACCUGUCCAGGAUGGUCUAGAUAAGACUUAGUCCUUCCUUAGUGCGGAGGACUGGACUAGUAGACCUCUUGAAGUCUCUUCCAGUCCUACGAUUCUAUAAUAUUAGGAUCAUGGAGUUAUGAUAGGAUAUUAAUGAACUGCAGGGGUGGGGGAGGGAAGGGGGUAGUAUCUAUUUCAGAAGUACUGUAAUAUUAUGCACUACUGGAUGAGCAUGGAAAGAGAUCACUUACAAGAGGGAGUUUGUGCAUGAUGAACCGUAGGUUAUUUAAUCAUCUGAUACACAUUUCACUUGGAACUGCUGAGCAGACUGUGGUCUUUAAACUUUGGAGAAGGGCUCCAUGCAUUAGAUCAAGAGUGUCUUAAUCCAGAGUGUUGUGGAGAGAGAAUUCAUUUAGACUGCUGAGAAACUGGUGAGCACAAGCCACCCAGACAUUUCUCAACAGCUAGUACAACUUUGAGCAGUGCUGAUGUUUGGCUUGGAGAAAAUCAGAUAUGUUCAUUGCAUAAAUAGUUGGGGGCAAACAAGGUCACUGAAACUGCAGCCAUCAGAAAUGGCUAACAAUGGUGGUGGUGGCCCUGAAUGGAGUGUGGAGUCUCCUCAGGACCCAGUUCAGUUACAAAAUCGACUGAGAUACACUGAGCUAGCUAAGAUGUGCACCCUCCCCCAUCUGUAAAAUAUGGAAAAUGUCCCUUUCAUUUCUACGGCCAAUGAGUAUGAAGCAAAAAAAAGAGGCCCAAUUGCACUAAUUUUUUUUUAGGGUGCAAUCAACAGUAUGUGCAAGUUAUAGCCAUUUAGAUGCCUAGCUACUUGAUUGCACCCAGUAGUCAGGAAAUUUGACAUCUAAAUGUGCACUUUCACAAACAGAAAUAUGCCGGGGCAAGGCCUCUUUAAAAUUUGGCCCCAAAUGUAUAAUUAGUUGCAGUUACGUGAAACAAAUCUAGACCACACUGUGCAGAAGAGGAGACAGGAGCGUGUUAGAAAGAUGUUUAUUGUGACCUGUGAGAGUGAAAGUGCUCACCAACUGAAACACACUGUAAGCUGUUCAGUCUGAAGUACAUUUUUGUUUUAUGUUCUUAUCCCUUUUGCUUUAAAUCACUUAUUUGCUCUUGGUUAACAAAAAGGAUAUUUUACAUAAAGCAAGGCUGGAAGUGUGCACUGAGUUCUUUUAAUUUGUCUUAAUUAUUUAUACUAAAGAGACAUAUUGAUAUUCCUAAUUGUUUAAUGUUUAGAAAAAUUGGUUUCAUACUAUAAAGUGACUUACCUGUUGCUCAGUGAAAGUAAUUUUCUCAUGAAGAGCCACACUGUUCUUCAAAGCAGAAUGCUAUACAUUUAGGAAGAGAUUACUCCUCGAGUUUGUGAGCAACUCUGGACUGCGAGUAUGUCAUCUCUUGAGUUCUUUCGGGCCCCAAAAAGCGGCUUAGGUUCUUAAGCCCCCAGUUUUAAGCACCACUGCCAUCUACAAAAUCCCCUCUCAGCUGCCACCGAACCCUGGAGGCAAAGAGAUUAAAAAAAAAUCAAUAUUUUGAAACCAAAAAAAUCAAACUUAUUUAAAUUAGAUAUUUUUUAUUUAAAUUAAAUUCAGAUUUAUUUUUUUAAACUAAACCUAUUUAAAAAUAAAUUUGAAAGUGACAACCUAUGUUGAGGGCUAAAAUUAUUAUAAGCUAUUAAAACCAUUUAAAUAUAAAAAUAUUAAGUAUUACAUGUUUGCUGCCAAAUUUUCAAGAAAAGCAUAGCCAGUAACUUCCACCAGUUCGUGGGUAAGCCCCUGAAACCAGAGUUUGUUAAAAUACUAAACCAGCUUCUGACAGCAGUAGCCUCUUCUGCAGUUGCAGAGAGAAUAUUUUCCUCAUUUCAGUUUAUUCAGCUAGUUAAAUUCAAUGACUAGUUCAUUCAAAGUUAAGAAACCAAUUGGGAGUUGAAAAAGCUGGAACGCUUGUUUACCCUCUCCUACUCGAAGAAUAAAAAUUAGGUGUGAGAGAAUGAGAUCUACUAGUUCUAAAAUUUCAAAGGCCAUGGUGACUAGAAACAAUCAGUUCAGUUCAUUAACUAUAAGAUAGUAGUUAAAGAUAUCCUUUCUUUAAUAAAUCAGUUUUAAAUGCAAAACAUGUUUUGAUAAAAAAAAUUUCUUGUGUAUUCAGCAAUCAUAAGGUAGUUUUAUUUAAUAAAAAAGUUAAAAUGCUGUUUUAGUUCAAAUUUAAUUAAAAAUGCAUUUCCAUCCAAAGAAAGCUUAAUACACAUCACAAGUUGAAAAAAAAAAAUCUGGUAAAUAAGAGAUGAAUCUUUCACCAUUUUCUAACAUGAUAAAAUAUUUAAAAAUUAAGAAUCUGAAUAUAUGUAAACUAAACUAUAUACUUGUUUAAAUAAAUAUGUAUAGCUAUAUACAUCCUACUGAUUAGUAAAAAGAAGCACAAAAGAUUAUAUUUAAUUACAAAUAACGUAUUUUAAUAGUACUAAAUAAUGAGAAUCACCCUUUCUUUAGGAAAAUAAUUAAAAAGUACAAAUGCAAAACACGAUUUACAUUAAUUAUUUAAAUCAAGGUUUUCUGCUUGGUGAUUUAAACCAUGAUUAAAAUUGGCGAUAUAAAUCACUUUGAUUCAAAUCAAUCCACCUUGCCUGUAGACGCCCAAAGUCCUAAUGUAAAAGUUCCUUAAGAUCCUGAGGGCUUGUGUAUACUGCAUGCUAAAUCGGCACUGCUGUGAUCAAAGCAGCAGCAUCAAUUUAGUGGGUCUGGUGAAGAUGCGAUGAGUCGCUGGCAGAGCGCUCUCCUGUUGACUUAAUACUCUACCCUCCCUGAGAAGCGCAAUGUAACUUGCAUUGACUUCAGCAGCAGUGUAGACCAGGCCUAAAUUUCUGCCUCUGGGCAUGUGCACUGCAGGCAUCCAGACACCCAUCUCACUCCUAAGCCCCAGUGUAAUCCUCAAACUAGAUGGCGAUGGGCAGAGCAAUGCCUAUUCUAUUUCAAUUCCCCCCUGUGUCUGAUGAGGAGAGGGGGUUUGAACAGGGGUUUCCCAUCUCAGUGGGCUAUGGGAUAUUCCAAUGCGAGUCUCAAUCUCUUGUUGAUGCUGUUCCACUUUGUAUUAAAUAUUAAUUAGGCCACCGGGGGAGGAAAUUACUCUAUAGCCCAGUUAUCAGGGCAUUCAUGACAGAGGGAGGAGACCCCUAUUCAAAUCCCUUUUCCUUCUUGGAAAGCAGUGGGAAUUGACCCUGGUCUCCCACAUCUUACCCUAACCACUGCUGGCCUAACGGUUAUGAUGGAGGCCACCUCCUCCUCUCCCCCCAGUUGUUUUGUUUGGAGCUAGGCAGCAGACAUUCUUGAAAGAAACAGUUUAGGCACCUAAGCCACCUUCCUCUGAGAGGUUCCCAGUUGUGGCUUGUGAGCUGAGAUAGCUUAAACUUGGACUGGAGAGAGGCGCCUAUGCCCAACUCAUGAAGUUCAACAUCUAAGACACCCAUUAGAAGGGUGUAUCUCCCAUUGGCUAGCUUAGGCAGCUCACACCUAGCAUGCUGGCUUUUGUGGAUCCCAUUCACAAGCACCUAUAUCCCCCAUGCAUUAUAUAGGGAGCCAAGACCCUGACUCACGCUUUGUGGAUUCCAGUGAUUUUUUAGGCACCUUAAUGUUAGGCAUUGUGAUGCUUAAGUCCCUUGAGGAUCCAGGCCACAGUGUCUAGCACAGUGGAGCUCUGAUCCUGAUUAAGGCCCCUAUUCCCUCCUGCAAUCUGUUCAAUAAUAAUUAUUACUAAAUUAUAAUAGUAUGAGGCCAAAUAACCCCAUGGUUUCCAGCAAAAUUUCAAAAUAAAAUCUAUACUUCAAGGAAAUUUAUAUAUUUUUCAAAGGGCUGGACCAUUCAAAGUGAAUAAUGAAGUGCAGCCUUUAAAGUGCACAGUGAACCAAUUUUUAUCUAAAAUUGCUUGGAUCUGAUGCUAAGACAGGCAUAAUAAAUGAAUUUCUGGCCCCAUUUACAUCAAUAGGAGUUUUGACAUUGGAGCUAGGAUGUCACCUAAUUAAACCUUAAAGUUCAGAGAUGAUGCUGGUUCAAUCAAUGUAAUCUGAAGGCUCUCUUUCCCUAUGCAUAAAAAUGUUUAAAAGGUAAAUAUAAACUUUUUGGGGCAUCUAAUAGUUUGGUCAUAGUUAAUGUGUUACUUGGUUGAAUGAAAAAAUAGUUUUAUGUGGGAAAAAAUGUAGGUUUGUAAUAGUUCUGCUUUAAAUAUUUUCUCUCUAUUUUCAUAUAGGUGGAGUAAUCUUCACUAUCUUUUUGGAUCUAUUGCGUUACACCUAUAAGCAUAAUGUUUAGUAAAUGCUUUUAAGCACUCAUUUUGCAGUAGUGAUGUGGCAAACAAAGUCUGAAGAUCUCAUUCUACCUCUUCCUCCUAGCCUAUUUAAUCAUAAUCUAUCUCAAAUAAACUGUUUCAUAAUAUGAUGAAAGAAUAACAUUUGGAAAUAGCUAGUAUAAAUGUUUCGAUGGAAUCAUAAUUAUAUUUCUAGUAUUUACAUAACUUUAAUUUAUAUCCAGGAUAGGUUUCAUCACACACCUUAGGCAUUUAAGGGGAAUAGGAGCGAUACAUUACCUAUAAUUUGGCCUAGGCACACCUUUUUACACUAUUAUUAUUUGUUAAGCAUCAGUGUGUUUAGUACCGUACAACACUCAAAAUGCGGCAAGUCCCUGUUCAGACAAAAUUAUGUUCUAAACAUAUCAUGCAGACUAAUCCAAUUUUAGAAUGAAAUAAGGGGAUCUUGUGUUCUUAAUGCAGCUACACCCUUCAUGGUCAUCCCUAUAUGUCAAGAACUGAAAGUAUUGUAACAUAUAAUCAGGGUUUCGUGACCAGCUUUGCGAAAGCAAGUUACCUACAUACUGAUUAAAAAUAACUCGUUUUUAAAAAAGCAGUAAUACCCAGUGGUGAAUUCAGAGAGUUGGAAGUUGUUACUAACUCACUAUUUAAGGCGUUGGUCUCCUUGGUAUCGAUCAUACUUUAUGGGACUGCUGAAACUUUCUUAGAUGCAAAGAAAAUGCUUGCUCUAAAUUACAAGUUAUAUUUCAGUAAUUCUGGAAGUUUUUAUUUAAUGUUACAAAAUGUAAAAGACCUAUGAAUGUGUUCUGCUGAUCAGAAGCAUAGUUACUGUAUUUUGCUUUUAAGAACUGUCAAUUCUAAGAUUUUCACAGCCGUAAAUCACAAAGAGAAACAAGUUCAUGCUAAAGUGGCAAAAAAAUGUGAUCUAGCUUGUAAAUUGAUCAUUGUUUCAAUAAAGAAUUUUCACAGAGUA